GAGAGAGGCAGGACAGCAUGUCAGUGAACAAGGGAGAGGAGGCGAGCUGAAGGUAGAGAGAUGCAGACUGUCUACUGCAAAACUCUUCACGCUGUCAUCAAACAACAUGAGACGGAUGCAGUGAAGCAUUGCUGGAGCCAGGGAUGCAGAUAGUUCACCUCGGGCUAGAGUCAAGGGCCAACCGGGGUGGGGGCAACCCGGACACUACCAUCUUCUCAGAGCAACGUCGGAUCUGACAAAGGAGACUUUUCUCUAAGAUUGAAGAACUUCCGCAGCUCACACUGGAUCCCCGAAAGGCCACCACCAAGCCACUCCUGGCACCGGGGAGUCCCGGGACCAGCCUGACCUUGGACAGGUUGUCACCCGAACCCAUCCUGGAGGCACCCGCCAUGCCUCAGACGGCGGGGGGGCGGCUGCACAGCAAAAAAGCCGGCAUCCGUGCCGCGGUGAUCCUGAUCGGACUCCUGCACAAGUCGCGUAAGGCCAAGGAGAAGGAGAAGGAGAGAGAGGAGAGCGAAGGGAAACAGGAGUUAUUGAACAUCACCAACGUCCCUCUUGGAGAAUGUCCUCCAUCCCCACCACGCACGGCUCCACCCAGCAUGAAGUCUGCAGAGUUCUUCGACAUGCUGGAGAGAAUGCAGGUCCCCAAAGUCGAAGAGAGCAAAAAAUGGAAGGAUGACUAUAUCCCCUACCCACGGAUAGAAGAUGUCCUGGAGAAAGGUGGACCGUAUCCCCAAGUUAUCUUGCCACAGUUCGGUGGCUACUGGAUCGAGGACGGGGAGGCACCAGCUGGGACGCCCUCCUCUUCAGAGUCCAGUUUCUGUGAGGAAGACGAGGACGGCGGAGAGGGUAUGAGCCCCGGUGAGGGACACGGCUACCGUCUGGAGUGCAACAGCACCGCCCGGGCUUACCGCAAACACUUCCUGGGCAAGGAGCACAUGAACUACUACUGCACAGGCAGCAGCAUAGGGAACCUCAUCAUGUCCCUGAAACAUGAGGAGGUGGAGGGUCAGGAGUUCUUACGGAUCAUGCUCAGGUCAAGGAUCAAAACAAUUCACGAUAGGAUAUCCUUAGCCGGCAUCAACCAGCUGCCCAGUGUACAUCAGAUUGCGAAACUUCUGUGUGAAGAUGCCACAGGACUGAAGUUCAGCCCGGUUCUUUACCCUCGAGGGUCUCAGUUGAUUGUAGCUUACGACGAGCACGAGGUCAACAACACCUUCAAAUUCGGUGUGAUCUACCAAAAAUUCGGACAGACGUCAGAGGAAGAGUUGUUUGGGAACAGCCAAGAGACUCCAGCUUUCAAGGAGUUUCUCAGUAUACUCGGUGACAACAUCGAACUUCAUGACUUUAAAGGAUUUCGCGGAGGGCUAGAUGUGUCCCACGGACAGACAGGGACAGAAUCUGUAUACACGGUUUUCAGACAGAGAGAGAUCAUGUUCCACGUGUCAACCAAGCUCCCUUUCACCGAUGGGGACAUCCAGCAGCUUCAGAGGAAAAGGCACAUAGGAAAUGACAUUGUGGCAGCAGUUUUCCAGGAAGAACCAACGCCUUUUGUUCCUGACAUAAUUGCAUCCAACUUUCUGCACGCUUAUGUGCUAAUCCAAGCUGAGAACCCGUGUACAGAAAACACAAUAUACAAGGUAUCUGUCACUGCGAGGGAGGAUGUCCCUCCUUUUGGACCCCUUCUCCCGAACCCAGCUGUCUUCAAAAAGGGCCCAGAGUUUCGGGACUUCCUGCUGACAAAGCUGAUCAAUGCAGAAAAUGCUUGCUACAAAUCUGACAAGUUUGCCAAACUAGAGGGUCGAACGCGAGCUGCUCUGCUGGACAACCUGCACGAUGAGCUCCACAGACAAAGUCAGGCCACUCUGGGUCUCAGCCAGGCGGAGGAGGAGGACAAGCUGGAGAACGGAGGACACGGGGGUCUACUGGAGUCAUUUAAGAGAGCCAUGCGGGUGAGAAGUCACUCAAUGGAGACAAUGGUGGGGUCUCACCGCCUCAGGAGCCCCGGCGGUGGAGGCGGGGUCCCGGCUAGUUUAAGUGGCGGAGCAAUGCCACAGAGCACCAGUGAAUGCACAAAAAGCACCUACAAUCCUCCUGCGUUGUCGACCAAAUCUUCGCUGAAGAGCCCCGUGAAAAGGCGAUCGGGACUUUUCCCUCGUCUCCACUCCAGCAUCGAGAGUCCGUCAGACAAAUGCGCUCGCAGUGAUCAAAAGUCCACAGACACCUGCCCCUUGUCCCAAGAAGGGAGGUCAGAGACGUCGUCCAACCCCAGCUCACCUGAGAUCUGUCCUAACAAAGAGAGGCCUUUCAUGAAACUCAAGGACGGAGGGAACGGCCGACCGAACAUCUCUCGAUCGUCGUCGAGCACCAGCAGCUUCAGCAGCAUUACAGGAGAUACGGAAGCUUUGGAGGAAUUAGAGACGGUCAGCCAUCCCUCCAUGGCCUCUUCUUCUGUCUUCAGUCCUUCGAUCAGCAUCGACAGUCCAGUGUCGGGAACCCCCAUCAUCAUGUGUCGCAGUCCCACAGAUGGGAAAAGUAAGACUUCACCGAGGUCCAGCUUGAAGUUCAAAUUUGACAAAAUGAGUCAAUCAUCCACUAACUCGGACUAGCUGCAUUGCAAGACUCUCGCAUCAUGUCCGGAUGGAGCUGUGCAAAACACAAUGUCAAAAAAACGCGGAAUCACCAUAGAACCACUUUUCUACCGCUAUGGACGGGACUAAGAACGACACCACUACCCAAAGUAGCUGACAAUACUGUGAAGUCUACAGCGUAGAGAGAAAAGUGGAUCUUUUCGACCAUCUUUUAGUCCAUAGUCGGGUAAAUUGUGGCCUAGCUGGGGCAAUAUUAUUUAUUAGCUGAAUAGCAACAUGAGGCUUUAUAGGGACUUUUUGGCUUGCUCCAAAUAGCACAGUACAGUAAAGUACAGUACUGGUAACAAACAACCUGCAAUUGGAAGUGGAGUCGUCCGUAGGAUUUGAGUUUGCUGUGUCCUUUUGGGAACAUUUUUGUAUUUCAAACCUUUAUGGUUACCUCGCUAGCUGCCGCACUACUGUAUGAAUGCUGCUGGGAUCCCGCGGACAUAGCGUUUGUGUAUUUGCCAUGCACGGGGAAAACUACGUUGCAGUACACGCUACUCCUGCAGGGACAUUUCAACUGUGUCUAAUUUUAGCCAAAGCUGCUUCUUACUCUCACUAUGUGAUAGGAAUGGAAAUCUUCAACAGCCGCAUUUCUUCAAAAGAGACAUUUCACUUCAGUAUGGUAAACAUUUCACACGCUGAUACCUCCCGUUGUGGCUUGCUAGCUGUGUUUGUGUGUAAUUAAGCUUUUUUUUUGUUGUUGUUGUUGUUACCGUUUCCUCUAACAACUUGAUGACUUGAAAAGGCUGAUUGUAUCCUUCAAAAAACAGUUCUGGUAAAAACAACAUUGUUUGUUGUUGAAGUCGCUUACGUGCACAAGAAGAGUACUUUGAAAUAUUUCACCUUCAGAAUAAAAAAAGAUAUCCACCUA